GAUAGAGCAAACCCAUGUGAGCCUUUCGAGAAGUAGGCCUCAAACACACCUAUCUGCCAUAUUUUUUUGUUCUCCUCUCCGGUUCCUAGUUUAUAAAUAUACAUCAGAAAUAAAGCCAUUCUCAUCCAACAAGUACUCUAUUUCCUACACCUAAUUCAAAAUCAAGCAGAAAACCAUUCAAAGUCAGUCACCCCUCUCUUGUUUCGAGGACAUUUCCGAUAUGGGAAUCCGUUUGCCAUCGAUUCUUCUUAAUGCCAAGCAGAUUCUGAAAACGCAAGCUCUAUCUACAAGAAAUCAAUCUGAUGUUCCCAAAGGCCACAUUGCAGUCUAUGUGGGAGAGAUUCAAAAGAAGAGAUUUGUGGUACCUAUAUCAUACUUGAAGCAUCCUUUUUUUGUAGAUCUGCUCAAUAGAUCAGAAGAGGAAUUUGGAUUUCGCCAUCCAAUGGGCGGCUUGACGAUUCCAUGCAGAGAAGAUGCUUUCAUAAAUCUCACUGCUAGGCUGCAUAGAUCAUGAAAGUUGGAAGAACAAAAAUGAAAUGUUCUUGAUCACAGUUUUGCCACCUCCAGAUUUAGGAAGUAGAGUAGGAUAAUACUGUACAGUGACCUGGUUGUUUGAGCAAUGGAAAUUACAUUAUUCUAUUACAAAAAGAAAUUCUCUUCAGCUCAUUAAUUCCAAUUUUUAUUAGUUA